AUGACGCUAUGCUUGUCACGUACACGUACAUGCGACACCAACACACUCGAACGUUCUUGUUCUUCACUUGAAUCAGACGCAGCAUUGCAAAAGGAGAAGCAAUGGAAAGACCAAGUCGCCACUCUGCAUGCCAAACUCACUCAGGCUGGAAACCAUCUCAAGACACUUGCUCAAGAGAACGCACGCUUGAAUCAACAAAUUGCUCAACACAACUCGGAACGAGAGACGCAUGACAACACUGUAAACGACCUCUUGAAGACCAUUGGCUCCUUGUCACUGGAUGAUGACACUCCACAAUCCCUUUCAGCUCCCGAGGCAACCAAGCUAGUAGAAAGUGUCAAGGCACGCAUGAAAGAAAAGGAGGAAAAGGCAACGACCAAGAUCGAAUCACUAGAAAACCAAGUCAAGACGCUUUCGGAUCAGCUUGAAGAUGCCAAGAAGGAGGCUGCUGCUGCUGCUGCUGUUGCUGCUACGAAUCAGUCGACUCAAUCGUCAAAGGAACCAUCCAAGGAUAAGGAUCAGUGCGACGUUGAUCUCAUCACCAAAAGUCUCACGAGCCUGCUGGAAGAGGAUGAUGACAGCGUAUUCCCCAAUGAGCUGCCGUUACAAGUUCGAAGUGCGUUUGAGAAUGUGCGUCAAAAGUGGUCAGACAAGCUGGAUAGCAUCAAGGAGGAUAAAAAGAGGAUGGAGCAAGCACACAAUGAUCUUCAACGACAACUUACAAAGAGUCAACUUGGUGCAUCACAGGACAAGGAUCAAUGGAUGAAUGAGAAACAAGAGCUUGAGGCCAAGUUGCAACAUGUGGAAAAGCAGCAUCGUGAGAGUGAGGAGCGAGUGACUCAAUUACAACAGGAGCAUCAAUCGUUGUUGGGUAAAUUGGCUCAUAUCAAGGAGACGUUGGCGCCCCGUUUGGAAGCCGAUAAGCAGCUACGACAACAAGUGAGCGAUUUGACAGCUCGACUGGAAACAGCAGAAAGAGAAUUGACGCAAACACGUGCUGAUCGCGUACGACAUGAGGAAGAGAUGGGUCGUGACUUGGCUGCCAAAGAGCGUAUGGUUGCUGAAUUGCAAGCACAUAUGGAACAAGUACAACAGGAACGAGAAGAAUGGGAAGCGCAUGCUAUGCAAACCGAUGCUCAGCGUAAUCAACUCGAGACACGUUGCCAGCAACUUACAGAAUCAUUUGAGGAACUUCAACAUCAGCAACAAAAAGAAAAACAAGAGCAUGAAUUGGAACGUGCCAGCUUGGCCAACCUGCAAACAGUGCUUGAAGAAUUUCAGACCACCAAGGAUGCUGAAGUAAGGGCGGCAGUGGAGCAUAUUGAACGCCAAUUGGAAGUUGCCAAAAAGUCAUUGACCGAGUAUCAAGAGCGAGCGCGGGUCGCUGAGAGCGCUCUUGAUCAAUACCAACAAGAUGUGGCAAAAACACAACAAUACGAGCAGGAGAUCAAGGAGAAGAAUUUGUUGAUAGGAAAGCUACGACAUGAAGCCAUUAUUCUCAAUGAACAUCUUAUUGAAGCCAUGAGACGCCUCAAGGAGGAAACGAGUGAUAGCAAUGUGGAUAGACAACUUAUCAGCAAUCUUAUCAUUGGCUUUUUGAUGGCGCCACGGGGUGAUCGUAAGCGAUUUGAGAUCUUGACUAUCAUUGCGAGUGUGCUUCAAAUGUCAGAGGAACAAAAGGAACAAGUUGGUUUGCUACGUCCCAAGAAUUUACGAUCGUCACCCUCAUCUAAUUCUUCAUCGACGCCUGGAUGGGCGAGUCCUCAACAACAGCAACAACAAAGUCAAGCAACUGGCGAGUCAUUCACCGACGCUUGGAUCUCCUUCCUUUUGAAAGAAUCGAGCGCUUAUGGACGUGCAGCGAGUACAACACAAUCAACACCUGCAUCACCCAAAGAAAAGUCAACGACCGAUAUUUAA